AUGGGCAUGUGCACAAACCCAAAGGGCAAGUCUCGUCCAUUGACCACAGCAACGGUACCGGUGCAAGCUCAACGAUCCUUUACCCUCUACACUGUUUUAACUGCCUUAUUCACUUUCGUCUUAUUACAAACAGUUCACUGUAUGCAAGAUGCAGUGCACAUCACAGCAAUACUCGGUGAGUCGGUGGUAUUCAACUGCCACGUGGAGUUCCCUGAGGGACACCCCGUGCCGUAUGUGUUACAAUGGGAGAAGAAGGUAGGCGAAACGGGGCAGGACAUACCGAUCUACAUCUGGUAUGAGAGCUAUCCGACCCACAGCGGAGAAGGAUACGAGGGGAGAGUGUCCAGAGUCUCUCCCGAUUCGCCAUAUGGAGCUGCCUCCCUUAACCUCACCAAUAUUAGAGAAUCUGACCAAGGAUGGUAUGAAUGCAAAGUGGUGUUCCUCAACCGUCCCCCCAACCAGCCGAAGAACGGAACCUGGUUCCACCUGGACGCGAUCAUUCUGAACUGUCAGGCCGAAGGAACACCCACUCCAGAGAUCCUUUGGUAUAAAGAUGCUAACCCUGUUGAUCCUUCUUCCACUAUAGGUAUUUUUAAUGAUGGAACAGAACUGCGAAUAUCUAACAUCCGACAUGAAGACAUAGGCGACUACACCUGCAUUGCCAGAAAUGGCGAAGGGCAAAUUUCACAUACUGCUAGAGUUAUCAUAGCUGGGGGAGCAGUGAUUAUGGUCCCUCCGACGAAUCAAACGAAACUGGAAGGAGAAAAAGUCCAGUUCAAUUGCGAAGCAAAGGCCCAGCCAGGCAACGUUACCGUGAAGUGGUUCCGUGAAGGGGCUCCGGUCAAAGAGCUGGCUUCUUUGGAGACGAGGGUGACCAUCAAAAGGGACGGUUCAUUAGUCAUAAAUCCGGUCAGCUCCGACGACUCAGGUCAAUAUCUGUGCGAAGUCAGUAAUGGGAUCGGAGAGCCGCAAUCCGCAUCAGCCUAUCUUAAUGUUGAAUAUCCAGCAAAAGUCACUUUCACACCAACGAUACAGUAUCUACCGUUUCGUCUAGCCGGCGUAGUACAAUGUUAUAUAAAAGCCAACCCUCCUCUGCAGUACGUUACGUGGACAAAAGACAAGCGCCUUUUGGAACCCUAUCAGACCAAAGAUAUCGUCAUAAUGAACAACGGCUCGCUGCUUUUUACCAGGGUAAACGAAAAUCACCAGGGUCGAUAUACAUGCACACCAUACAACGCACAAGGCACGCAAGGAAGUUCGGGCCAAAUGGAAGUUUUGGUUAGAAAACCUCCCACAUUUACCAUCGAACCGGAAACUAUGUAUCAGAGGAAGGUUGGAGAAUCCGUGGAUAUGCCUUGUGACGCCGUAGAAGCUGAAGGUACACAGAAACCUGGUAUACAGUGGCAGAGGAGAGACGGUACACCUUUGCCAAAGAACCGCGUAAAGCUUGUAGGAGGAAAUUUGACUAUAGAAUCGAUUCGUCGUUUAGAUUUCGGAUUUUAUCAAUGCGUUGCCACCAACGAAGUAGCUACAAUUAUUACGGGAACGCAAUUAGUAGUUGAAGGAACACAACCCCAUGCCCCAUACAACCUCACCGGGAGUUCUACGGAAUUUUCCGUGACUCUCAGCUGGCUGCCAGGCUACAGCGGUGGUCCGGACUACAAACAGGAGUACACCAUGUGGUACAGGGAAGCGGGUACGUCGGACUGGUCCACUAUCCCGGUUACGCCUCCCGGUUCCACUAUUGUCACUAUUAAUAGGUUAGCCCCAGGCACCAUGUACGAGUUUCAGGUCAUCGGAAAGAACGCCUUGGGAGACGGGAUGAUGAGUAAGAUCAUCUCCAUUAGGACAGUGGAAGUCGGACAACAGAAACCCAUAAAAAUUACACCCACACCUUUUAUGACUCCCAACGAUGAUGCGGGACCAAAACCAGGCGUACCUCGGAACCUGACGGUGAACGAGAUCAGCAACGGGUUCCUCAUCACGUGGAUGCCACCGAUCGAGAGAGCCGAACUGAUCGAGCAGUACGUCAUCAAAUACAAAACCGACGGACCCUGGAAGACGUUAAACAAAGCUCAAAUUAGACCCGAAGAUACCCAUUACUUAGUUAAAAAUUUAGUAGGUGGACGCACUUACUACUUCCGCAUCCUGGCGUACUCCGGCAAGAGCUACGAGACCAGCGAACAGGUAAAGUUCUCGGUGCCGGCUCGCGUCAAGCACAAAGCCCUCACUGCCGGCGUAGUCGGCGGCAUCCUCUUCUUCAUCGUCGCCAUCACUCUGUCCGUUUGCGCUGUCAAAAUAUGUAACAAACGGAAACGACGGAAACAAGAAAAAGCUUACAAUAUGGUAGCAUGUCGAAUAACGGAUUCCAGAAAUGGAGGAAACGCCACAGAGAGUCAAGUGCCUUUGAAAAAGACGGUUGAAUCCGAAUCGUACCGUGACUAUGAAAGCGUUUUCAUAAUUCCUGGGACAAGUUUAGACACAAACCGUAAACGCCAGGCUCUUUGA